GCGGGAUCCAAUGCAGGGAUUCCUCGACCAGGCAGACGACGGUGUCCUGUGCGCGAUCUUCUCCUUCCUCUCUCCGCGCGACAUUGCGAGCUGCGCCGCCGUGUGCCGGCGAUUGCAGCGCCUCUGCCGCGACGAUACGGAUCUCUGGCUCGCGCUCUGCCACCGGCGCUGGGCCGGAUUCACGAGCUUGAGGGAUUGGAGCAGGAGCGUGCUGGGCGACGAUGGCGAGCUAGGGUUUAUGCGCUACAGAGGUUUGUACAAGCUCCUGGCGAAAUGGGGGAGCUUGAUUGGCUUCUGGCGGGGUGUCAAUGGGAAUAGGUCGCAGAUUCUGGGAUUUGAGUGGCGCAAGAACUCGAUUCAUGGGUUUCGGAUCGUUCCAGCGAGCAGGGGAAGCUAUCAAGUGCGAAGAAUUCCAUUUCUGUGGCUGGGAGCUGCCGCGAAUGGGAAGGAGAUUUGCGUCAUGAAUCCAGCGCUGGAUCGGGAUUGUGGCUGCUGCAGUUGUCACGCACCGAAGGAUCAUCCAGGUAGCUCCAGGGAUGAUCAUGGCUCUUCCAGCAGCGAAAAGAUUGGCGAUCUCUUCGCGGGGAUGGACUCCGAGUGGGAUGUGGAGGAUUUAUCUCGACUCGGGCUGGUUCUCGUCGACGUCCACUUUGCCGGGAAGAAUCACAUCGUCUUGGAGGAGCUGAAUUGCCAGAGGCAAGUAGCGAGGAUGAAGAUCUCCCUGGCCGAGGCGGUGGCGAGUGCCUCGUUUGGAUUCAGCGAGAACUUGGAGAUCACGACGAGGAGCUAUGGCAAGAGUCCUCCCGGGAGCUUUCCUUUCGAGAUGUAUCGCUUCCUCACGAGCAAAGUGACGAGCCCCGGAAGCGAUAGAGCGGCCAGGAAGCAGUGGAAGAGAGACAAGGAGCGAGCCGAGAGCCGAGGAAGGCUAUGGUGGCUGGAGCAAUUGCAUUUUGUCAAGGUGGUGGAAUCCUCUCCAACGAAAUCGAGGCCAUUCCAAGGAUUGUGGAAGGGGUUGUGUCGAUGCGAAGCUUUGGAUUUCUUGCUCGUCUCCUACGACGACGAUCGAGGCGCGAUCACCUCCAGGCAAGUUGGCGAGUCCUCGUCAAUUCGAUCUUCGUGGAUGAAUCUCUCGGCCAGAAAUUUCCAGCAGAUUGAUCUCGAGACAAUGGCAUUUCGAUUGCGUUUGCCGGACACGAAUCUCUCCACCGAUUUUAGACCGCUCGCCUCGUCCGGGAACUUACUGGACGUUGUCAGCUGAGAGUCCCGGGGAGAGAUCUCGAACCCGCGAUCCCUCUAGUUUUGUACACUCGAUUUAUCGCGCUUAGGCGGACUUACAAACCCUAGGCCUAGGUAGCUAUGGCGGCCUCUUAGGGUUUUUCUCCGCGGCGUGGGGUUUUGUGAUCUAUCCGAGGCAGUGGCGAUGCAUGC